GCCCCGGCGGCUCCCGCUGUCCCCUCGGGGGCCCCUCGGUGUCCUCUCGGUGUCCCUUCUCUGUCCCGUCUGUGUCCCCUCUGUGUCUUCUCAGUGUCCCUUCGGUGUCCCCUCGGUGUCCCCUCGGUGUCCUCUCUCUGUCCCCCGGUGUCCCCCGGCCAUGCUGCGUGACCAGGACACCGAGGCGGAUUUCCAGCGCUUCCUGCGCCGCGUGGACGAUGUCACCAAUUUGCUGCAAGGCCUGAAGUCCCCGGACUCGGCUGUGCAGGAAAAAGCCAUUGCUGAGACAGAGAAAAGGCUCCGAGAGCAAGGGGCCAGCAGGGAGGAGGAGGAGGAGGAGGAGGAGGAGAGCAGGACCACGGUGAACAGAACACUCAUCAACACAUCUGGCACGCCGAGGGUGCAGGCAGCAGAUGCAGAUGGCUUCCUGGCAGCUCUGGAGAAGGAUGCCAAGGAGCGAGCCCAGCGCAGGAGGAGGAACGAGCAGCUGGCAAACGCCCUGAAGGAGCAGGGCAAUGAAGCCUUCAGGGCAGGAGACUUUGCCCUGGCCAUCCAGAGGUACUCGGAGGGGCUGGAGAAGCUGAGGGACAAGCAGGAGCUCUACACAAACAGGGCCCAGGCCUACCUGAAGCUCCACGAGUAUGAGAAAGCCCUCAGUGACUGUGAGUGGGCAUUAAAGUGCAAUAAGAACUGCCUGAAGGCCUGUUUCCUGAUGGGGAAGGCUCACCUGGCCCUGCAGCACUUCUCUGAGUCCAGGCAGUGCUAUGAGAAGAUGCUGCAGAUCGAUCCCCAGAAGGAAAAGCUGUUCAAAGAGUGUGUGAGCCAGGCCCGGCUGGAGGAGCAGCGGCUGCGGGAGGAGCAGAGCGCCCAGAGGGAGCUGCAGGCCGGGAGUGAGGCUGCUCUGAACAUCCAGGAGCUGCUGCAGAGCAUCCUCAGCCCUGGCCACGCCAUCCCCUACUACAGCGGGGCCAUCAGGCUGCUGGCAGGAGCUGUCAGCACUCGCACCGGGCAGACGCUCUUCAGGACCAACAAAGGCUUCAGUAUGCUCAGCAGCGAGGCUGUCAGAGGGGCCUUCUGUGCACAGAGCAGGAGCCCGGCUGAGGUGGAGCUCUGCCUUUCCCUCCUCCUGCUGUGCCAAGCUGCCUGUGCUGGCAAUGAGGAAAAUCAGCGUGUCCUGCUGGCCCAGCCCCAGGUGGGGGCCCAGCUGCCAGAGCUGCUCUCCUGUGGCACAGCCCAGAUCCAGAGGGAGACCCUGGCCCUGAUCUCCCUCUACUCUGAGCACGAGGGGGGCCGGAGGCUGCUGGGCAGGCAGGACCUGAGCAGAUGGCUGCAGGUUUUGAUGGCAUUUGUCAAGUGCACUGAUGCAAGGGCUGAUCGUGCCAUGAACAUCCUGUCUGACCUGAGUGGGGAGGAAAGGUUCCAAGCCCAGUGUCGGGCCACGUUUCCCACGGCUGUUUUACCUUUCUUCACCCAGCUGCUGGUGUGUGCCAGGCAGGUGUGUGCCAGGCAGGUGUGUGCCAGGCAGGUGUGUGCCAGGCAGGUGUGUGCCAGGCAGGUGCCCUGGGCAGCCCUGGCCCAAGGUCUGGCCGUGCUGGGCAGGCUCUGUGCAGAUGUUGGGCUGAGGGCACAGCUGGCUCAGAGCAGGGAGUGCUGGCAGGCCAGCCUGGAGCUGCUGGACGGGUGCCCUGCUGCCAGCCCUGGGCACCAGCAGUGUGUGUUUGCCCUGCUGGGGCUGCUGAUGAACCUGCUGCUCGAGUCCAACAGCACCAUCCAGGACUUUGCUGUGCCCAUCAGUGGCAGGUGCCUGGCUCUGCUCAGCCAUCAGGACGGGAGGAUUGUCACAAGAGCCACGGGAGUGCUGAGCCGGCUCCUGCCCGCGGCGCCCUCGGCAGUGCACGAGGUGGUGGCAGCAGGAGUGGUGAAGAAAAUGCUCAAACUCCUGAGAGCUGGAGGACAGCUCACUUCCAGCUAUGCCAUCAAGACCCUUUCUGUCUGCACCAAGAGCAGCAGGAGAGCUCAGGAGGAGCUGCUGAAGGGGGAUAAAAGGUUCCAGGUGCUGCUGGGGCUGCUGCACUCCGGGGAUGAGCUGACAGUGGGCAAUGCAGCUUUCUGCCUCAGCCAGUGCCUGCUGCUGCCCGGGGCUGCCUCGGCCCUGCUGGGCUCCAGCGUGGUGCAGCUGCUGCUCAGGCACGCCGGGGGUGAUGCUGUCAGGACCUCUGUGCAGCAGAACUCUGCCAUUGCCCUGGGCAGGCUCUGCGUGGCUGAGCCAAGGCACAUCCAGCAGCUGAGGAAGCUCAAUGGCCUGGCCAUCCUCAACUCCUCCAUGAAAUACGUGCACAGCAGCUGAGCCCUCAGAGC